CCUCCGUCCCCUCCGAGCCUCCCCCGCCACCCCGCGGGGAUCCCGGCAGAGGGAUCAGAGCUCCCGCCGGGACCCGGCGGUGUCCGGGGAGCUCCAUCUGGAGAGGGGAAUUCGGAUCCCUCAAACUUUUCUUCUCUGCAGGUCACGGGCUCCAGCAGCGCUGUCGUGAUUUCUCAGGAUGAACCAAAACAUCCUCAAGAGAUUCUCUCCUUCAAGCCCAAGCUGAAGACCAUCCAAGUCAUCACCAAAGACGUGAUCCGGGAACUCGUCGUUCCCCAGGAGAAACCCGAAGCGUGUCUCAUCAUCGGGGAGAAGGAAUAUGAGAGGAUCAAGGAGUCAGCUCGAGCCCCGAGCGAGGAGGAGCGCCGGGACAGGCAGAAGAGCCUGAAAGCCAGACAGGACGCUGCUUUCGAAGCCCUGCAAAAGGCCAAGAGCGAGGAGCAGAGAAAGGCAGAGCUGCAGGACGAGAGGGAGCGGCGGAGAGACGUGGAAGAGGAGCUGCAGCAGGAGAAGCAGCAGCUGCUGCAGCGGGCGGCCAGGAUGAGGCUGGAGCAGGAGGAAGAGAUCCGGGCGCUGAACACGCUCUUCCUGGAAGCCAAGUGCAACAUGAUCUGGGACAAGCAGGUCCUGGAGAAGCGCACGAUCCGCAAGGAACUGGCGGACGAGGAGAAGCGGCUGGACAAGAUGAUGCUGAUGGAGUGGGAGAAGGGCAGCGAGGUGCAGGAGGAGCUGGAGUGCCAAAGGAAGCAGGAGCUGCUGAGAGCCAGGCAGGACAUCGCCAAACAGAUGGAGCAGAACGCGGAGGAGCGAGCGCUGAGGGAGGAGGAGCUGUACCAGGAGGGCCAGAGGCACCUGGAGCGGCUGGAGCAGAUGAAGAGGGAGGAUCGCAAGGCCUGGCAGCAGGAACAGGAGCGCCGAAAGCAAAUCCAUGCCGAGAUUAAACAAUUCAACGAGGAGAGCCAGAGGCUGCAGGAGGAGCAGCGGAAGCGGGAGAGGCUGGAGGAGGAGCGGGCGCUGGAGCAGCAGCGGCAGAAAGAUGAGCGCGAUGCUGCCUUGGAGGCGGAGAAGGAACGGCUGCGGCUGGAGAAGGAGAAGGCGCUGGCCCGGCUCAGGGUGACGCAGGAGCGGGCCCAGGACUGGCUGGCAGAGCGGGAUGCUCUGAGGGCCAAGAGGAACCAAGAGGCCGCCGAGCGGGAAUGGCGGCGGCAGGAGCUGGAGAAGGCGCGGAAGAAGGCCGAGCUGGAGCAGCAGCUGAGGCAGGAGCGGCUGCAGCAGGUGGCCCAGAAGGAAGAGUACGUGGCCAUGCAGCUGGAGCAGGAGCGCCAGGAGUUCCAGAGGGUGCUCAGGGCCCAGCAGGAGCAGCUGGAGCGGGAGAAGCUGCAGUGGGAGCAGCGGCAGCUCCGGCAGCGCGCCCACGCCCAAUACCUGCGGAGGCAGAUCCAGGAGCUCCAGCAGCAGCGGCAGCGGCAGCGGGAGGCUCUGAUCGAGGAGGGCCGGCAGCAGCAGCAGGAGGCUCGGCAGCGCAGCCAGCGCCUCGCCCGCUUCGGGCAGCAGAAGCUGCAGGAGCUCAGAGCCACCGGCAUGCCCGAGAAGUUCUGUGCCCAGGUGGAGCGCAAAGCCCAGAAGCGAGCCAAGGCAAUCCUCUCCUAGGCCCAGCCCCGCCACCAACCAGCUCCACUUCCCCACCCAUUUGGGGCUCCAUUUCCAUUUCCAUUUCCAUUUCCAUUUCCAUUUCCAUUUCCAUUUCCAUUUCCAUUGUUCUGGGUUCCAUGGUGGGGUGUAACCAGACUCUGAGUUCUGCUCCCAUCUCCACCAUCCUGCUGAGCUGGCAGUGGAUGGGUCCAGCUGGAGCUGCCCAGUGCACGGGAAGCCCUGGGGCUGUCAGGAAGGGAAGGGAAGGAGGCAAAGCCUGCACAGAAAUGUUUGUUUUUCUCCCCAAAGUGCUGACUGCACCCAGCCCAAGCGUCACCUCUGCCACUGGACCAUCGUGGCCCAAAGGUCUCCAGCCUGUGGACACCCAGGCCAGCAAGGGUUGCCCAAAACAUCCCAAGAGUUGUAGGAAUUUUUGAUUGCGAAAUUCCCAGCCCUGGGGGAGGUACUGAACAUUCCUCAAUCAGACCAAAUGUAAUCUGGGCUCUUUGAGGCUUUGGGUCAUCACCACCACUCGAGGGAGCCAGAGGAGGACCAGACCUUCCCCAGGACCAUUUCUUUCACCAUCAUCAGGACUUCAUCCAUCUCCCCCGACCGACAGGAUGCCAGGUUGGACUUUGUGGUUUUAAUCCAGUUUUCCUGUAUCAUGGCAUUUAUUGUGAUCUUUCCAUGAAGUUGUAAUUCUGACCUGAAAUCUCUCUCGAGGUAUUUGUGUGGUGUUCAUUUCUCCUGCUGGUUUGCUUUCAAACCAGCACAUCCAUUGGCUGAGUUUUCCAAUAAAUUACAUUUUCUGUGUAUUC